ACGAGCCGUACCCUGCAUUCCAUCCAGAACACAACACCCACCUAGAAGCUUUAUCACUGCUGCUAGCCUGCUUCUGCUUGCAGUUUCUCAUACACAUGGAGAACACAACAUCGCCACAAUCUUCUUGCAUCAGCCAGCCGGCGGCGGCGGCCAUGUCGGCCGGCGAGAGCAGCUGGGCUAUGCACUUUGCAAACUUCGUGGCAUCAACAGACAACAAACAGGAGAUGGGUCACCAAGGAGGAGAGGCCUCUGACAGUGAUUUCUCCUCUGGCUUCUCUUCCUCAUUUGAUUCCUUGGGUGAUGGCUCCGACACCGACUCCUUCCUCACGUCGGACCUCAUGGAUGAAGACGAUGAGGAUGAUUCUCUGCAGGACACUGCCUGUUCUUCCGCCGCUCGCCCUAAGGUAACCAGCAUGCAUGAUAUGCUCAUGAAGUCAAUUCUAACCAUGGAUGCAAAGGACAUGAACACCGCCCAGCUGGCCAAGUAUUUCCUCGAUGCGAGUUCAAGGAAGCAGGCGACUGGUGCGGUUCCAGAAGUGAUCAGCGGUGGAAAUAGCAACGAGAAGAAGCUCAAUGAGUUCAAUGAUCUGAGGAAGAAAGGGCUUUGCUUAGUCCCUCUCUCCAUGUUGAUAGAUUACCUAGGCUGAUUACUGUUCAUGUACUGUAAGAACGAUGGUUCAGUUAUAUACAAUAUAUAUAUAAAUAGUUCGUACAUCA